AUAAAAAUACCAGAACAUUCGAUGGCACGGUCACACUGUUUUUAACCUGGCCACUGUUUACACGAAUUUUUUGUUAAAAUAAAAUAAUGUUAAAUUGUGCAGCGCAUUAAAAUAAGAAAAAGAAAAUAAAUGAGUAAUAACACCAAGCAGUAACGAGUUAUCUCAAAUCAAAGAAACAUGGCCUAAACAUGUACUUACGAAAACUCAGCAUACAAGAUUUACGGCAAGCAACAAAGUAAACAGAAUCGAAGUUAUAUUUAUUGAAAAUAUCGCUACGAAGCCAAAUCAAUACAAUAAAAUUGAGUAGUUUACUUGGUAACAGUUAACAGCUAACAGCUACAGCAGCUGGUGAGUGUAUGUGUAUGCGUGCGUGCAUGUGCGUCUUGCGUGCGUGUGUGUGUGUGGCUAUCGUAUAAGCAAUAUAAGAAGCCGAAAUAACAUCAACAAGAACAACAGCUACAACAACCCACACACACGAAAAAAAUAAUAAAAAAAAGCUUAAUACAUUCCAAAAAAUAGCCAGAAGGCCAAAUUUUGCUGAAAAGGCGCGAACUCUCAAACUGUAACAGCGAGAGAGUCAAAGUGAGAGGGGGAGAGAGAGUGAAGGAAGGCUAGAAUAUCAUCGAACAGCUUUUGAGUUGGUUCCCGGUGCAGUUCGCUCUGGCAUUGUAGCCGGGCGACUAAAGCAGUUUUCAGUGGCACACUGGAUCAGCCGCAGGAUAUGGAUAUUGAUGCUCCCAUUGCGCUUGGCAUGCAGGAGCACCACAACAACGACAUCGAGAAUCAUCACAAUAACAGCAACAGCGGAGCAUUAUCAUCGCACGUUUACCAUUCGGAAUCAUCAAUGAAUUUUGAUUAUUUGCAAGGUUUGCAUGCGGAUGCGGCAGCGGCAUCCACAUCCUUGGGCGUUUCCAGCGGCGGCGGCAACAACUCCUAUGGAGGACUGGUCGACGACAGUAGAGCGCUGGACAGACCUUUCAAUGCAAACGAGCGAUUCGUUACAAUACUAGAUCAAUUGGAUAUGCGCGUGGAGAAGUUUCGCAAAGAUGCGCUGAAUUUACAGGAGAAGAAAGACUAUCUCCUAAUGUCCAUGGAUCUCAUCAAGAGCAACGAAUUACUGCAAAACAUGAGCGAGGGCGAGCGUGAAGAGAUCAUUUUGUAUAUUCAGCGCGUUAGUUCGCGCCUUGCCACUGUGGAACUGAAUGUGCGCACCGUGAGGGACGCGUCACAGGAAGAUUCGCUUAGUCAGAUUAAUGCCUUAAUUGAUAUAAUGAUCAAAAUGGGUGAUCCAGUUAUUGGACGGCAACGUUGUCAGCUGUAUUUAAAUGCCUGUUGCAGCAGCACAAUGGAUCCGAAUGGACGUAUGGGUACGGUGCAUGAAGCGGAUGUGGGGCCUAUCGAUAAGAAAUUUGAAAGUGCUCUUCUCGGCUGUACGCUUGACGAUCAGAAGAACAUUAAGAAACGUUUGCAGGCUUUAAUGGGUUAUCUAAAUAAGCAAACUGUUACCAAUUAACUUAUUACUAGCUACGAAUAUGCCGCUAAUAUAAAAUUAUGUUAAUAGGCAAUAACGAUAUAAACCAAAACAAAAUUUAAAACAAAAUAUACACAAUAUGC